CGCAAGGACCCCGGGGACCCGCCGCGUCCGCGUCGCUUAGCAACCGCCCGCCGGGACUGCCGCUCACUUCCGCUUCCGGGACAGGCGGGGAAGAUGGCGGCGGCCAGCGACAGAGAGGAGGCGGCGGUGGCCGACUGGGCUUUGCCAUCAGAAGUGGAGGUCUUGGAAUCCAUAUACCUGGAUGAGCUGCAGGUGUCUCGAGGAAAUGGCAGGUCAGCGCCCUGGGAAAUCUGCAUUACGCUGCACCCUGCGACCGCAGAGGAUCAGGACUCUCAGUACGUCUGCUUCACGCUCGUGCUGUCUGUGCCCCCACAGUAUCCCAAUGAAGUGCCAAAAAUCUCGCUCCGGAAUCCGCGGGGGCUGUCGGAUGAGCAGAUCCAGAAGAUUUCCCAGACCCUGGGACAAGUUGCGGAGGCUGGGCUGGGGACAGCGGUGCUGUAUGAGCUGAUUGAGAAAGGGAAGGAAAUUCUCACUGACAACAACAUUCCUCAUGGCCAGUGCGUGAUCUGUCUCUACGGCUUCCAGGAGAGAGAAGCAUUCACAAAGACUCAGUGCUACCACUACUUCCACUCUCACUGCCUGGCUCGCUACGCCCAGCACGUGGAGGAGGAAAUCCACGUGCAGCAGGAAGAGAGAGAGCAGCACCUGGCACCUCCUUCCAAGCAGGGAGUCGGAGUGCAGUGCCCCGUCUGCCGGGAAACACUAAUCUACGACCUCUCCGCUCUGCAGGCAGCGCCACCUCCACAGCACCCGGUGGAGCCGUACAGGCCUGAUGCAAAGGCGAUACAGACCCGAGAGGAACUGCGCAUAAUCUACCAAAGGCAGCAAAAGAAGGGGGGCAUCAUUGACCCCGAGGCCGAGAGAAACCGCUACUUCAUCAGCCUCCAGGCGCCUCCAGCAGCUGCGGAUCCCGGCCACGGAGCCGCCCCUGAGCUGCUGACUUCUGAAACUGCCGUGGCUGCCACCGAGCAGCUCUGCCAACCACCGGCCCCGGGACGUGCUGCAGAGCCUGCCAGCCCUCCCCAAGCUCCAGCUCUGGGGAGAGAACCCGGGCAGCCGGCCAACGCGUCUGUCCCCCUGGAGCACCAGAGCAAGAGAGAGCGGCACCGAGGGGAGAGGCCGGGAUUCCGAGGCCAGGGCAGGCAGCUGUUCAGCGACCCACAAGCAGCAGCUGCGGAAACUUGCCGCCUUCUCCGUGGCCCUGGGGGACCCAGCGGUUUCGACUGGAGACCCGAACGGAGAGAAGACAGGAGCCAGAGACCCAGUGGGGGUUACAGCCAGGAGCUCCCUCAGCCGCACGGCAGGGGCAGAGUGGCUGCCUUUGCUGGUAGGAGAGAGUCGGGCCCUGCUGGCAUCUUGCCCGUGAAAGGGGCGUUGGACUCGAAGGAGGAGCAGCCUGCUGGGGGGAGAUGGACGCCGGAGCAGGGAGCUGAGACCCCCAGCAGGGAGAAGGAAAACCUGGCACUAAACCAGCGUGACCCCAAGGGCCCCACCAGCUGGCAGGGCCAUCACAGGCCCUGGGACUGUGGGAGAUGGGAGAAGUCCCGGGGCAGGGAGCGUGGUUCCUAUCCCAGGGCGCCACGGGGGCGAGGGGCAUUCAGGCCCAGUGCAAGGAGAGACCCCCACGGCCAAGUGAAGGAGGAUGGCUCCUAGCAGGAGGGGGCAGGGGCUGGUGCGGGGGGGGCCUUUCCUGGGGAGACCAAUAAAGAGUCUAUUAGA